AUGGGGCAAUGUUUGAGGUACCAGAUGCACUGGGAGGACUUGGAGGAAUACCAGGCCUUGACGUUCUUGACCAGAAAUGAAAUCCUGUGCAUCCAUGACUCCUUCCUGAAGCUCUGUCCCCCAGGGAAGUACUACAAAGAGGCCACGUUGACCACGGACCAGGUCAGCUCCCUGCCAGCCCUGAGGGUCAACCCUUUCAGAGACCGAAUCUGCAGAGUUUUCUCCCACAAUGAUGUAUUUUCCUUCGAGGAUGUGCUGAGCAUGGCAUCUGUGUUCAGUGAGCAGGCCUGUCCCAGCUUGAAGAUCGAGUAUGCCUUCCGCAUCUAUGAUUUUAACGAGAACGGCUUCAUCGACGAGGAGGACCUGCAGGGGAUCAUCCGCCGGCUGCUCAGCAGUGACGACGUGCCAGAGGACCUGCUGAGCGACCUCACCAGCCACGUCCUGAAUGAGUCUGAUCUGGACAAUGACAACAUGCUGUCUUUCUCAGAGUUUGAACACGCGAUGGCCAAAUCUCCAGACUUCAUCAACUCCUUUCGGAUUCACUUCUGGGGAUGCUGACACGGCCACAGACCCCUGCUCUGGCAGCCCUGAGGGGGACCGCUGGAACUUGGAAUUCAGCCCCCUGAAGGCGCUAGGGGAAAUCUGAUUAGAAGAAUGACGUUGUCCCCAUCCCUCCCUCACUUCUAGAAUAUUGUUUAUUCAAUAAAGCAAAAGAAAAGCCCU